AUGCAACUACUUAUUCGUAGUGAAAAUACCCAUGUGCUUGAUGUCGAGCCUACCACCACGAUUGGUAUAGUCAAAAACCAAGUGGCCGCUCUUGAAAAUGUCGAUAGUGGUGAAAUAACACUUUAUUCGUGCAGUUCACCUUUGGAUGAUGGUGAUUUAGUAGAAAAUUUACAAUCAUCGGUUGUUGAAGUUUUAUGCGGAGGACUUCUUGGAGGUAAAGUACACGGUUCGCUUGCUCGUGCUGGUAAAGUCAAAGGACAGACUCCAAAAGUAGAAAAGCAAGAAAAAAAGAAAAAGAAAACUGGUAGAGCUAAAAGAAGAAUACAAUACAAUAGAAGAUUUAUAUAA